CGCCUGGAUCUACUUAUUGGGAGCUCGCCCGCCAGUUGACAGAUCUUCGGGCAGGGUCCGAUAUACUUGGUUUUCUUCCCAUUUCCGGAGGGUGGAGAUGGAGCCUAAGACUCCUGAGGAGGUAGCCCAGUAUACCAGCGAAUUUCUGAUGUUCCUCUUCGGGACCACUCUGUUUGCCGAUAGGGGGAACACUGUCGGGCUCUAUCUGUUGAGUGCCCUAGUGGACCUAUCACAGGUCCGGCGGUAUGAUUGGGGUGGCACUAGUCUGGCUACUCUUUAUUGCUAUAUGAGUGCGACCUCCCGCGGACAGGGGAACAUACUCGGAGGCUAUUGGAGAGCCUAGGAGGUACUUUCUGCCCUCUUGAUUUACAUUUCUUCUUUACAUUACUUGCACAUUGCACACACGACGCAUUUUACACUCUGUACCUUGCACUUUGCUCUUAGCAUUUUGUAUUUACAAUUUGCACUUAGCAUUCUGUAUUCUGAUGGCUACUGCCCUGUUUUCCACAGUUAUGGAUCUAUGCAUACUUCCCGACACUAGCUCUGGAGCUCGAGGUGGAGAUGCCUCCCAUGACCCCUUACUCGCUGGUAUUUGAGGGCCCGUACCGGCCGAGACCUCAAGAGUCUCUCCUCUAUCUACGGCAGUACUUCGAUACAGUACGGCCAUCAGAGAUCACAUGGCAGCCUUGGGCGCCUUUGGGUAGAGACCUCUGAUUCCAAUUUGCCGGAGCCUGGGUGCCUCUCGGUACAGGAUCUUGUUAGAGGGGCCGGUUGGCAUGGCCUGGUUUUUAGGGGAGCGCUUCCUGCGCCAGACAUAGGGCUACCCCAUUCAGGACAUUCCCUCAGCAUCCCCAGACGACAUGCGGACCGCUGAUAGGCUCCCUCCCCAGGGUGUUGUUGACGCCAGGUUAGGCACUGAUGUACUUCUUCAUCUGGAGCAGGGAGAGUACACGACUUAUCGUCACACAUACUUGAUGCCUUCGUUGACGGGAGUUUAUAUUCCGACGAGGAGACCCGUUGGUAUGCCCUCAUCGAGCCGGGCUCGGGCUGCGGACGUCUCUUCCACUAGCAGGGCUGGUACAUCUAGAGGUGGGGGUGGAUUGGUUUCCCCGAUUCCUCCGACUCAUCAUCAUCCUGGGUGGCCAGACAUGCCGACUGAGCUGACGGGAUGGCGAUUCGGGACUCUCUACUCGAUUCCAAUAGAGCCUCCCAUGUUUGACCACAGAUAUGUCAGAGAUCCUGAUUCGCCGCCGCCUCCGGUCGAGUAUAUGGACGAGAUGCUCGGGAUGAUGGCCACACUCGAGGGCAUGGUCUUACGGAGAGAGGCACAGUUGUCCAUCAUGGGUGUCCAGAUGCCUCCGGUAUAUCAGCCACGGACCGGGCCAUCCAGGCCUUCUCGACCUUCUCGAGGAGCCGGGCCAUUUCGGCCUUCUCGUGGGGCCGGGAGAGGGGAGUCGUCCUGCAGACGCAGAGUACAUAUCGUAGAGGAGGAGCCCGGUGAGGACGAAGAGGAGGAGGAGGCUGCAGAUCGUCAGUCAGAGACAUCUGCUGACAGAGAGGAGGGUUCCGACCCUGGUUCCGGGAGCGGAGAGGAGGCUGAGGAGGAUCCCGAGGAUGACAGUUCCGACUCAGAUGGUGCCGGUGGUGCAGAGCCUGUUCCGCAGAAGAGGACGAAGAGGGCCUCUUAUUCCUGCUCUUGAGAGCAUUGGGGCAGCUGUUUCCUACUUUAUUUACCAUUUUUACUAGUAGU